AUGAAAGAGACAACAGCCAAGAGACGCGAGAAACCCAAGGACUCCAAAGCUGAGAAACAGAAGGAUGCGGGCCCCGUGCCACAGGAUGUGGAGAUGCCGGAGGAAGACUCGGCUAGUGCAGAAAAGAAACCCAAGGAACUUGAUACCCUCACACUAGAUGGUUAGCUGCGAUAUAACAGAAAUCCUGAAAGGGAUAUAUUCAAACUCAAUGUCAGAUACGUAAGAUUGCCACGGAAACAACUGCUUCGGGUUUUUGCUACCGUAUUGAAUGUUAGUUAGUUAGCUACCGCUAGCUAGUGUUAGAAAGCAGUUGUUAGUCUAUGUAACUAGCUAGCUAAAUUGCCAGGUGUAAUUGGUAAUAUAUUGUUGAAAUGUAGCUAUCGUGAGAGAGAAUAUAGUUAACUGACCUAGUUCGCCUGUUACUAUAUGAUCUGACUAACUGCGUUAUCGCUGGUCUGACUUUUAUUCACUCGCUGUAGUAGUAGCUAGUUCGCUAUCUAACAACGAAAUCCCCUAGUCAUAGCUAGCCAGUGAGCAAGUUAAUCAGUUUGCUAGCAAUGUUUACUUAAAUGUGUGUCAGUUGGAAAUCACUUUACUGCCGUAACCUGUCAAAGCAGUACUUAUAUAUUUUUGUAUCUCCAAUUGUAGCGAUCUAGCUUGUCAUGUCAGUAACUACAUUGUAUUUGAAAAAUAAAUCCGUUUUGAGAUGAGUGAAAGAACUGACAUUAGCUGUCAGCUUUUUUUCAUCCCUCUUCUAUACUCUUCUAUAAAGGUCUCUCCUUAUGACCUUACUCCCCCUCUCCUGUUAUAGACAUCAAAGAGCAUGUGAAGCAGAUAGAGAAGGCUGUGUCGGGCAAGGAGCCUCGCUUUGUGCUGAGGGCCCUGCGCGCCCUGCCCUCGACCAGCCGCCGCCUCAACCCCAACGUGCUGCACAAGGCUGUGUCUGGCUUCUACACCUCCAACGCCGCCGGCAAGGAGUUCCUACUCAGCUUCCUGGAGGAGGUACGAUGAGUGCAGAUCGUAUCAGAUAGAAACGACUGUGGUACUACUAUUACUACUACUGUUGUUGAGAAACCUUGGCUAUGAACUAUUACUCAUGGCCUUUUUCUCUGUCUCCUUUGCCCACUUGGCUCCUUUGGUCCCUUUCUGUCCGGUUCUGUCUUUCCUUCCCCCUCCUCUACCAACACCCUCUCCCCUCCAUCUAUUGCAUCCAUCCAGCCCAUGGACACAGAGGGAGAUGUCCAGUUCAGGCCCCGUACAGGGAAGGCAGCUGCCACCCCCCUGAUCCCUGAGGCGGAGGCCUACCUGCAGCUGCUCCUGGUGGUUUACCUCACCAACAACAAACGCUACACAGAGGUGGGCUGACUGAGCUCACACACUCUCUCUCUCAUGCCUCUGUCUUGCUCUCAUGCAUGCACAGUACAUAUUUAUGUUGGAUUGAGCUCUGAAUUCUCUUUGAUAUUUACAAUGCUCACCAUCACACCGUAGUCAUUAGAAAUAAAUGAUGACUGUGUUAAUGCCCGACUGCCUGACUUGGUUCUUAGCUUCUCACUUUUCUCUCUGUAGGCCCAGAAGGUGUCAGACGAGCUCUUGCAGAAGAUCGGCCCUCAGAACCGGCGGGCUCUGGACCUGGUGGCCGCUAAGUGUUACUACUACCACUCCCGCGUCUACGAGUUCCUCAACCAGCUGGACACCGUGCGUAGGUAAGCCCACCAACACUUUAUCACUGACUGUUUUUGUUCCUUUUUAGAUAUAUUUAAAGUAUUUUCUGACUUAAUUAAACAGAUGGAGAGGAUGACGGUGGGGAAAGAUGGAGGUUGAUUCAAAAGGCAGUAGGCCAGUCGUGUAUAUUAAACUAAAUAAAACCCUUCUCAAAGUUUCCUGCACACGCGUCUGAGGACGGCCACCUUGCGGCACGACGCCGACGGCCAGGCCACGCUGCUCAACCUGCUGCUGAGGAACUACCUGCAGUACAACCUGUACGACCAGGCUGAGAAGCUGGUGUCCAAGUCAGUCUUCCCCGAACUGGCCAACAACAACGAGUGGGCCCGCUACCUCUACUACACCGGUGAGAGAGACUGGGAAGGAGAGAGAGGGGGAGGUUCCCUAAGCAUACACAUUUCUGUUGAAAUAAGGUGUCACUCGUGAUACAUUUUAAACAUUUUACUAGUUGAAGACAUCAGAAGUUGUUUAGUUUAAUCACAUUCAAUUGAAUUAUGUUUUUCAGACCAAUAUGCCUCUACAGGUUUUGAAGUGACUAUAAUAAACUGCCUCAGAAUAUUAAUGAAUUUGUAGUUAUGGCCUUAGUUUUCUGCUUUUCCACUCUGACCAUUCUCUCCCUCCCCCCUCCAGGUCGUAUCAAGGCCAUCCAGCUGGAGUACACAGAGGCCAGGAGGACCCUGACCAACGCCCUGAGGAAGGCCCCCCAACACACAGCAGUGGGCUUCAAACAGACAGUCAGUACACACACAGCAUGCAGUUUUUCCUCAGUGCAUUUAUUACAUUUUACUCUUUUAGCAGACACUCUUAUCCAGUGCGACUUACAGGAGCAAUUUGGGUUAAGAACCUUGCUCAAGGGCACAUCGACUGAUUUUUCACCUAGUCGUCACAGGGAUUUGAACCAGCGACCUUUUGGUUACUGGCCCAAUGCUCUUAACCACUAGGCUACCUUAUUAAAAAGGAGAAACUAUUAAGAGUUGACUCUCAAAUUUCCCAUAGUGUAUUGCCUGACAAUGUAUUUUCAAUCAAACUUUAUUUAUAGAGCACAUUUCUUUUCUUACAGGGGAUGAUUCAUUUCUUCUUUUUUUAAAUAUAUAAUAUUUAGUUUGACAUUUCUUCAUUUAGUUUCUCCACUUCAUACACAAACCUACACACACAAACAACAACUUAGACGCACACAAUGACUACAUCUCAUCUGCCCAGACCAGCAUGCUCACACCUCCAUCCCUAAUGCCUGCAUUAUUGUUUGCCACUUGGCCGUAAAUUGUAUCAACUAGUUUUUCAGGGAUGAAUUAGUAAUUCACAGGAUUCAAUUCAAAGUGCUUAACAAAUAAAAUAGCCCACUGUAUACCACAAAAAAGUUCAGGUUGUUCACAUCUUCUCUCCAUCCCUUCCAGGUCCACAAGUUGCUGAUUGUGGUGGAGCUGUUGCUUGGGGAGAUCCCAGACAGGCUGCAGUUCCGCCAGGCUCCCCUGAAGCGAUCCUUAGCGCCCUACUUCCUGCUCACCCAGGGUAAAUUGGUGGCGAGCUGGGUCAUGAGAAUGAGUCUUUAGUGUGAGUAAGAUGUGAACCCUGGUCUCUGUUCCCACACAGCCGUUAGGACGGGUAACCUGGCCAAGUUCAACCAGGCCCUGGAUCAGUUUGGAGAGAAGUUCCAGGCAGACGGCACCUACACCUUGAUCAUCCGCCUUCGACACAAUGUCAUCAAGACAGGUGAGUGACCAGGCAUUUCACUUUGGGCUAUUCUUUCACAUUCUCAAAUGGCUUCCUCUUCUUUUUAACUGUUUUUUAAUACUUGAAUGACUUGUUGAUAUUUAACACCAUGUCUCCCUGUAGGUGUGCGUAUGAUCAGCCUGUCAUACUCACGUAUAUCCCUGGCAGACAUCGCUCAGAAGCUGCAGCUGGACAGUCCAGAGGAUGCUGAGUUCAUAGUGGCCAAGGUAACAUGAUAUUCUACAGCCAUACUCAACUGGUGGACCUUGGUCCGGACCGGACUCAGAACAGGGUCGAUACGGACCGCGGGGCCCUACUUUAUCAAUAAGAAGUGGAUGAAAAAAAAGAAAAAAAAGUUUUUACUUAGUCUGGCUUUCAACUUACUGCUGUUGAGAGUUGUAAUAGUAGAAUGCGCAAUUUUGAAAUGUUGUAGUGCAUGGGCAGUUUUCCUCUGUCAUUCACUGACAGACCUUAGAGAGCUAUUUAUAAUUUGUCAGAAAUGUCCAGUUGAUCAAUUACUAGGCCGAUUUAGCUAGAUAGGUAAGUUAGGCUAACCAGUUAUCUAAAUCUUGUAGUGAUCUUGGCCAGAUUGCGUGCCCAGGGGCCUCGACCCCAGGGAUGCCCCCAUUUGAUUUUGUUGAGUCACUCGGGUAUCAUGAACACACAAGACAUGGAAAAAUGUGUUGAAUUGCAAGAAAUUAGCUUUUUCUCUCCGCCAACAAGAGGGGGAUGAACAGUUUGGGGUCGCAUGGGUUGCGAAGUGGGGGUUUGUUACCACACCAAUAAACUACAUUAUUCAUCCGGACCUUUGCCACCUAGGAAAUAUGCGACCAGACCUCAAAUAGUAGUUGAGUCCCCCUGAAUUACUACAUACCCUUACCUUAUCCCCACCUCCUGCGCUACGUCAGCUCAUGCAAGGAUUUCCUAAAGUUAUUAAAUUAAUAGAAAAGCACAUCACUUGUGUGUGAUAAAUACGGCAUGCAGUCCUCAACUGUCCUAAGUCACAGGUGACACAAUGGAACACUACCGCAGUCUCUUUCUGAUUUUUCUCUCUCCCAACCUCCAUCCCUCUCUUCCAGGCUAUCCGUGAUGGAGUGAUUGAGGCCAGCAUCAACCAUGAGAAGGGCUAUGUUCAGUCUAAAGAGACCAUGGACAUCUACGGUACCAGGGAGCCCCAGCUGGCCUUCCACCAGAGGAUCUCCUUCUGCCUGGACAUACACAACAUGUCUGUCAAGGCCAUGAGGUUUCCACCCAAGGCUUACAACAAGGACCUAGAAUCAGCAGAGGUGUGUACCAACCUUGUACUACUCCUUGUAUUAGCCCCUGAAAUUGACCCUAGUGAGGGUUCUGUUGUAGGACAUGGUAAGACAUGUUUUCUUUAUCUGUGCUGCAGAACUACAUUUUAAAAUUGUGACCACAAGGGGGCAUUGUUGUCAACUAGUUUUGUCAAAUGUUUAUUUGGGACUAGAAUUUCAGACAAUGCUUACUGUCAUUCUAAAAUGUGAACUAUUUGCAAACUUCAUCAUUUUAAGGAUGCACUAUGCAGAAAUCACUCCGCCAUUUUCUGGUUGCUAAUAGUUUGCCUAAUUUCAGUUUGUGAGAAUCAUGGUACCAUCUAAACCACUGUGAAAUAUAUUUUCCAUAACCAAAAAUAUAUUUUCAAAACCGAAUGUUAACGACGCAAAAAUAAAACUUAAGAACGGGAGGCAUAAAUAUGUUGCACAUAGAACAGCUCUACCGCUUCUUAGACUUGCUUUCAAUGAGAAUGACAAAUCUAUAACACAGAUUUCUAUGUGAAUUUGGUUAGGGAUCCCAAAAAGUGCCAUAUGGCAGCUGUGUUGACAUAAUGCUUGUGUGUUUACGUUUCAGGAGCGCAGAGAGCGGGAGCAGCAGGACCUGGAGUUUGCCAAGGAGAUGGCCGAAGAUGAUGACGACAGUUUCCCAUGAUCCUCUGAGAGAAGCGAGUGCAAGGAUGCCUUGUUGUUUUUCCCUUUCCUCCCUACUCCCUCCCUCUUAUAAGUUUUUUGUUUGUUUCUCUUCAGGCACAAGGCCAUUAUAACAUUUUAUAA